AUCCGGAAACAAACCAAGGGGUUCAGGUGUUACACCCGCAUUUGUCUCAAUGUAAACAAAAAUUCGACGCUCUGUUUUAACGUUUAGGGAGGUGAAUGGUUGGGCAGGUGUGCUACUCUGUUCCACCUCAGGCCCMAUGGCUCACAGUGUCAGGAGAGAUGCCCCUGAGCUCCCUGACUUCUCUCUGCUCAAGAGGUUGGCCAGGGACCAGCUCAUUUACCUACUGGAACAGCUACCUGGGAGGAAGGACCUGUUCAUUGAGGCAGAUUUGAUGAGCCCCCUGGACCGCAUUGCUAAUGUCAUAACACUAAAGCAACAUGAUGUGGACAAGCUUUACAAAGUGGAAUACAAACCCAUUGUCAGCACCUCAGAUCAACUAUGCUUCCUGAUCCGCCCAAGAAUAAAAACUGUCAAGUGGAUAUGUGAUGUGGUCAAUACAGACAAAGCAUUUGGGAGAUUCAGAAGAUACAAGAUUAUAUUUAGCCCUCAGAAGUUUUAUGCAUGCGAGAACCUUUUGGAGGAGCAGGGAAUCUUUGGUGAUGUGACUACUGACGAGUGGUCAUUCUACCUCCUGCCCCUGGACGAUGACAUCAUUAGCUUGGAGCUUCCGGAAUUCUUCAGAGACAACUUCCUGGAGGGAGACCAGCGCUGGGUGAGAACAGCGGGUAGUGCCCUGCAUCUCCUACACUCUGUCUACGGCCCCUUCUCUAAGGUGUAUGGGAUCGGACGAUGCUCCAAGAUGGCGUAUGAAUCGUGGAGGGAGCAGGUGGAGGAGGGGGAACAGAGAGCGCGUCAAGCGGAGAUCGGAAAUGUGUUUCUCAUUGACAGAGAUGUGGAGCCUUGUGAUCUCCUGUGUUCCCAGGUUGUCUAUGAAGGACUUGUGGAUGAUAUUUUCACAGAAAUAAAUGUG